ACGCAUCACCAGCGUGUGUGAGUAGUGUAGAGGAAGUGGCGGCUGAUCUGGGUCCGCACCUUUUCCGGUAACACAGCACCGCUACAGCUCGACUGAACGGCAGCAGAGAGGAAGAGAGACAGAGAGCGGCAAGAGCGGGGAGAAACGGCCCGGGGACUGGGGGGAGAUCGCCGCAAAAGCAGGGGGAAGAGAAGAAAGUCGGAUGAAUCAAUGACCCUUUUGAGCGCUCUUCCUGUGGAUGUCCCGGCGCAAUAACGGACCGGGCAGCUCGGAUUCGAUGUGUUUUCUUGAGAAAAAAAUCACCGUGCCGUAGUAGUCAUCGACUGGGAACUGACUGAAGGCAAGUGUGGAGCGCCGGCUGCCAAGGAGGAAGUGGGAACCCCGGGCUCGGACUGGGCCUGUUUGUAUGAAGCUACAGCAGCUAGAUACUGAAGGAGAAAUCAGACUUGAAAUGCGGCGGGUGAAGAAAAUGUGUGCCUGACAGCUGCUUUAAAACAAGGGGAUGUGAUUUAUUCUUUUGCCUUACAUUGGAGGAUCAUGAAAAUAAAUCCCCACCCAACUCUGCGAGGGCUCCAUACAUACUGCUCCCACUGACAGACACCACCUCAGGUCAGACCAGACCAGCACAGAACAGGUUAACUGUACCUCUCUGUUGAUUCACUGAACAAACUUGAAAGCCAGCGCCUUUUGAACAUUGACACUUCACGCCAUCACAUGGUUGGCGUCUAGCACACACCUAAACUGUAACCUCUAACAGUUGUGUUGAAAGACAACUUUUUUGUUGUUAUCAGAGAACUUGUCUUUUCUAAUUGUCGAAGAAAAGUAUUUAUGCACAGAAAACAAGAUGGGGAAAUUACUGUCAAAGAUCUUUGGCAACAAGGAGAUGAGAAUAUUGAUGCUUGGACUUGAUGCUGCUGGUAAAACCACCAUUCUGUACAAGUUGAAGCUGGGACAGUCAGUCACCACUAUCCCCACGGUUGGUUUCAACGUGGAGACCGUCACCUAUAAGAAUGUGAAGUUCAACGUGUGGGACGUGGGGGGACAGGACAAGAUCAGACCUCUUUGGAGACAUUACUACACGGGCACCCAGGGCCUGAUUUUUGUGGUGGACUGUGCCGACAGGGACAGGAUCGACGAGGCGAGGCAGGAGCUCCACCGGAUCAUCAAUGACCGAGAGAUGAGGGAUGCCAUCAUCCUGAUCUUUGCCAACAAACAAGACCUCCCAGAUGCCAUGAAACCCCACGAGAUCCAGGAGAAGCUGGGCCUGACCCGUAUCAGAGAUAGGAAUUGGUACGUUCAACCCUCAUGUGCAACAACAGGGGAUGGACUAUAUGAGGGUCUCACCUGGCUCACCUCAAACUACAAAUCUUAAUGUUUGUCCCUCUCACCAGCCUGGACACUUGGAGGCAACAAAAGUAGCUGAGAAUGAAAAUAAGAUACAAAAAAAAAAUACAAUCUGAAGCAAUUAAUACCACAACCUCUCUGCUGAGUGUAUAUCAAAGAGAGUGAUUAUAUUUUUCUUUUUCUUUUUGGUAAUUAUGACUUCUCUAUAAUCCCAGAUUUCAUUUAAACAAUUGUUUUACUCCUGGUUUUCCUUAUUAGUUUCUUCUAGUUUUGCUUUGGUUCAGAUUCUGUAUAAUCAGUACUUUUUAAAUAUACAAUAAGCCUAAUUUUGAGCUCUUACUGCAAGUUCUUUCCUUUCCUCUUUUGUGUAUAAUUUUGUUAUGGGGACACUGGGACACACACACCUGUUUAGUUUUGCCCCUGCUAAGCUCUCAUUCAGUAUUCUCAUGACCCAGCUACAUAUCCAAAGGAUGGGGGAAAAGUCCAGAAACCAUCGCCAAUAGCAUCAGCAUAUCACUUUCAUGGCAAAAACUGCCUCUGCAAUGUGUAAGAAUGUGUAUUAACGAUAUGUUCGGACCUUGUCAGGAUUACUUCAUUAUUGAUUGUACUGGGAUGAAUGAGGAAACAUGUUAGUUCUAAUUUUCUGUGUAGUGAUCACAUCCAUUGUGUCUACUGUGGUUUGAUUCAAAGACACUAUGUGGACGCUGGAUAUUCACUCACACACACACACAUACACACACACUGUGAUAUGGAUAUAUAUUUUUGUUGUUUCAGGGUCUGAACCUGUUACCACUAGUCUUAUUAUUUUUACGACUGCCUCUUUUUUUUUUUGUCCUCUCAGAGUUUCCGUUACUCUAGAGUAUUUGUAGUUUCAGCUGCCUUAGGAGGGGUUUACAAAUGCCCCACAAGCAAGACAGUGACUACAACAGAAGGUAUUGUCAAACGCUGAGUUUGCACUUUGAGAGGUUGGUUAGGGUGGGGAGGGAGACCAACGAGCUGGCUGUGCACGUUUUCAUUUUCUGUGACUGACAUUUGGACUCCAGCGAGUGUUUACACAUUUCCUAACCCCCACCCUCCUCCUGUGUAGGUGCUUCAAUGACUUCUUCAUCUUCUCUUUUUUUGCCCAUCAUCGCCCGCCUGUACACACACACACACACACACACACACACACACCAGCCUUCUGUUGAUUGUUCAUAGUUACUGCUCUUUUCAUUAUUAUUUUUGCUGCUUUAUUUUUCUGCUAAUGAAAUAAUAAAAAAAUAUAUCCAGAUCA